GCCGCCGCCGCCCGGCGAUGCCCGCGGCCCCGGGCGCACCGGCCCGCGGAGGCGGCGCUGACCCGGAGCAGCGGAGAGGCCCCCCCCGGGCCAUGGGCAGCGGCGACCCCGGCCCGCACCGAGGGCAGCACCGGCAGAUGCGCUGAUGUCUGCCCCUUGCCAAGACCUGACCCACCCGAAGUUGGCAGAUGCGCAGAUGUGAGCGUGAAUCCCCAGUAAAAGAAUGAGUGAGAGAGACAUACAGAGCCUGAGCAAAUGGGUUUUCGUGCUCACUCUCUGCCUUACCACGCUGUGGGGACGACUGACACUGGCCUCCACCCAUCAUCACAGAAGCCAUUCAGUGCACGUGGAGCCCGGCACGUGUGAAGUGAUCGCGGCUCACCGGUGCUGCAACAAGAACAAGAUCGAGGAGCGCUCCCAGACGGUGAAAUGCUCCUGCUUCCCGGGGCAGGUGGCAGGGACGACACGGGCAGCUCCCUCCUGCGUGGAUGCCUCCAUCGUGCUGCAGAAGUGGUGGUGCCAGAUGGAGCCGUGCCUGGACGGGGAGGAGUGCAAGGUGCUGCCCGACCUGUCGGGCUGGAGCUGCAGCAGCGGCAACAAGGUGAAGACGACCAAGGUCACUCGAUAGCCCCCGUGCAGCGCGGCGCUGACUGACCAGCCUCGGCGUGGGCCCUGGUGCUCCUGUGAGCAGCAGGAUGUGUCCUGGUGCCCGUGGAGGUGGGAUGAUCCAGGGCUGCCAUCCUGUGCCCGCUGGCAGGACCGUGACAGGUACCACUGGAUCAGAGCAUCCGCUGAGCCCUGGCUGCCCUGGCGGCUGCAGGCAGGGACCCCGGCACAGCUGCCACACUCCUGUCACUCCACGGUCCCCUCCUCCUCUGUGGACACGUUCACCAACCAAGAAAUGGGCUUGUUUUCCAACCCUCUUAAAUAAAAUACUCCAGCCAUGUAAGAGCUGUUGACCAUACAGGGGCAGACAAGCAGCGAGCCCCCAAAAUGGGCUUUAUUCCGAAUAGCUGAAAUCAUUGCUGUGAGUCGCCUUUCCCCAUCUCCCAGGAUGCUGAACCCGAGUUGCUGUCAGGAACUAGGAAGUCGAUGGUUGUGUGAGAUCCUCCUCCAUGUGCCUCCCAGCUCCUGGCUCCGUGGGGUUCCCAGGAGCAGGCCCUGAGCUCCAGCCUGAUCCCAAGUCACUGGGGUCUGCUCUGCCCUUGGAGCACUGGGAUUUCCCUGUGGCAGAUGUGGCAGCGUGGCCAGGGAGGGCGUGACACCCCGUCAGUACCCUGGGGAUGGUGAGAUGUCUCCAUGGCGCAUGCUGCUGGUUUCUCCUUCCUCGGUUAUUGCAUUAAUCAGGCUGCAAAUUUAAUGUUCUCCACCGUGCAAGUCCCAGGCACCGAGUUUCUGCUUGUGUUUGCAAUCGAAUUCCGGAGUCGUGUGCGGGGGAGCCCUCUCUGUCUGCAGGUCUGGGCUGCCUGAACAGAUGCCCAGCCAGGGCCCCAGACCCAGCCAGGUUCUAUUGCAUUACUCUAAAAUAAAGGAAAAUGUACCAUCUCCUGGCCCUGAGCUCGUGACCUUCUCCAGGACACACCAUUUCCCGGGGCUCAGCAGCUCGAGGGGGAGAGGACACGAGCUCUGUGCCCCCCGUGUCAGCAGGGCUGGGGACCCCAGGACUGUGGGGUGUGGGGCCAACACCUCCAGCCCUGACCUGUGGCCCGUGCAGGGACAAGCUGGCUCAGGAUGGGCUGGAGAUGUUGUGGGGUCACUGCUGAGGUCACUGGUGUGGGUGCAGCCUCCUGCCUCCUGCCACGGGUGGGACUCGUUAUUGGGACGUUUUUGUAACGGGGUGUGCAGUACCCGCUCCAGAUGUGAUGUACAUACCAGAAUGUGAAAUAAUAAAUUCAUUUUAAUCUCUGCAAA